AUGAAGGUCGUGGUUACAGGGGCAACCGGAUUGGUCGGCAACGAUAUCGUCAAGGAGUGUCUCUCUGAUGAGCGCAUCACAAAAGUCGUGAUCCUCACUCGAAAAGCCGUCACAAUGGACAUUGAGAGUCACCCAAAGGCCGAUGUCAUCAUGGUUCAGGACUUUUCACGGUAUUCCGAUGAUCUAUUACGGCGAAUUGAAGGAUCUUCAGCCUGUUUAUGGGCUAUUGGAGCUCGUCCAGAUCACUCCCACUCCCACUCCCACUCUCACAAAGACAAGACUUAUCUUCACCACGUCAACGUUCAACUGCCUUUAUACGCCGCCAAAAUAAUGAGCGAGCGCAUCGCGCCCAAAACGCCAGGAGGCCAAAAGUUCAACUUUGUAUUCGCCAGCAGCAAGUCAAGAUCAUCUUCACUACUUUCGCUUGGAGACCCGCGAAAGCCAAAGGCCGAGGCCGAAAAGGGCUUAUGCGAGAUUGCAGACGCCAGCCCUGAAACGUUUAGCGCUUGGAUCUUGAGGCCCAGCACCAUCCUCUCCGCCUCGUCGGACGUCGCGCCUAAGAAGAGGCGCCUUGUUGGAGGGCGAUCCAACGUCGGCGUCGAGGCCUCUCACAUGGCAAAGGCAUUUGUGAAAGUGGCCUGCGAGGGUUACAGGGAGCGUGUCAUUGACAACGAGGCCAUAUUAAAGAUGAAAUUCAUUUAG